AUGCCGAGGAGCAGCAGCUCUAGAGCGCAAGCGAAAGCGUGGAGACUCGCCAGCAGGCGGAUCCCACCUAUCCAGAUCACUAAUGUUUUGCCGGGUGGAUCUGGCGUGUUAACAACUACGCCGCGUAGUCCUAUCGAGAUACCCGGGCUCCGAGACGUAAACGUUAGCAAAUAUACUAGCUGGCACUAUUCUCAGGUGGAUGACGAAGUUCUGAAAGCACAAUUCAGACGAUGCGGGACCUUGACACUAGAAGAAGGAUACGAUCUUGAGCAACUGCACGAAGAGCAGAACUUUCAGUUCUUGGUAGAUGGUGGCGUCAAGGUUGGAGUAGCCAAAAGAUUCAUCCGCGAUAUCCCGAAAUGGGCCAAAGAGCAUGUUGGUUAG